AACAAUACUAUCUUAAGUUUAUUCCCGAGUUGGGACCUGGAAGUUCAAUUGGAGUUGAGAGCUGAAUAUUGAAGGGAAAUCGAGUUUUCAUUGGGAGGAAAAUUUCAAAGCUCGACGAUUUCUCGCUAUUCUUUAUCAUGCGGACAUUUGCGUCCCGGCUAAGUACUCAAAUUUUAAGAACAAAACUUCCGAGUUUGCAACCCAGCAAGAAAUUUUCCACAUCUAGCUUUGGAAAAGAUGAAAGAUCUAUAGAAGAAGAGGCUGAAAGGAAGAUAGGGUGGCUGUUGAAGCUAAUUUUUGCUGGGACUGCAACUGCUGUAGCUUAUCAGUUUUUUCCAUACUUAGGAGACAAUAUGAUGCAGCAGUCUGUGACACUAUUACAAGUGAAGGAUCCGUUGUUCAAAAGAAUGGGAGCAUCCAGAUUGGCUCGUUAUGCCAUUGAUGAUGAAAGGAGGGUGAGAAUUAUUGAAAUGGGAGGAGCUGAAGAACUUGUGAAGAUGUUGGAGGCUGCUAAAGAUGACCGCACAAGGAAAGAAGCUUUGAAGGCUCUAUUUGCGAUCUCAAAAUCAGGGCCUUCUUCUUGCAGAUGAAGCUGCAGCAGGGUUGCGACUGGCGGGGGCAAUAUCAGUAAUCAAGUCCAUCCCAUCUGGUGGUCCUUCCCUGGAGGAGGACGCUGAAGUUGGGAAAUACAAGUCAAAUUUGUUGAAUAGAUUUCAUGAACUGAAAUUUGAUGAUGAUGAUGAUUAUGAUGCUAUUUCUUGAAUGUUUUAAUUUAUGUAAAUCUCAGUUUACGAUUACGUUAGUUGUGCAUGAAUGUCUUAAACGAUUUUAGGACGUUCAAUCCACUCAAAUCAUAAGAAUCUUGGUGGUGCAUGGAGAGCAUUUAUGUGUGUGCGAGUUGGAUUGAUGUCAACUUCACCUUGAAGAGGCACUUCACCAGUGAGGUUUUGGGUAAAUUUCAAGUAUGAACUGUUUCCAAAUUUUGCUCUGUAAUCAGAUUUCUGGGACACUUGAACUGAUUUUGCCCAUCUCUGAUCACCAUGACACAAGGCAGGGGCUCUCAGC